AUGCGUUUCUUAUCCUAUGCUCUACCUGCUUUAGCGGCCAAUUUGGCUGCUGCUUUGCCUCGUCCCCAGGACAUCGAUCUUGAUAUGGUCUUGGCCGCACCAGACCCGACUUUCACUCAAGAUCCCACUGCAACGGCACAGAUUGUGGCCAUCGACACCGCUGCUGUCGUCGCCGAGGCCACAGCUGCUGUCUCUUCGGUCAGCAUCGAGAUUAGUGAUGUUCUUUCGGCAACCGCAGUCGUCUCUAACCUCAAGAGAGCUGCUGCCACCACUUGUGCGCCUCAACCCGCCGGAGCAACGUCUGCUCCCACAUACGCCCCUGGCCCAGACACCGACAAUGCUUCUGCAUUUCUUGCGAACCCUUACUAUGCUUCUGUUGCCUCCGUCGCAGCUGCGCCGUCUGGCUACACCCGAUCAUUCGUUGCCCAGCAAGGUUCCAACAACGCCUUCGGCUACCUAGGAUUCUCGACUCUCGACGACUAUGAUGUUUCCAAAUGUCUCAGUCGCUGCUCUGCCGUAGAUGGCUGCGUCUCAGUCAACAUUUACUUCGAGCGCGACCCUUCCGUCGACCCCAAUGAUGCAGGCUGCCCCAAUCCAGCCUCGGUCACCAUGAUCAAGUGUGUCUACUGGGCGUCUGCGGUCACCGGAGAUACGGCCGUGAACGUCGGUCAGCCUCGUAGCAAGUUCGUUGUUGCGAUUGCUGGGUCCAACGGCUACGUCAGCAACCAGAUCGCCACGCCAGAUGGCUUCCAGGCCGGCGUCCCUUAUGGCAAAUUCGCUAUCAACGCGCCUUACGAUGCUCAGGGCUACAACACCUUUAUGGGAUCUAAGAUCUUCACCACAACCUGGGAUGUAAGCUCUUGCUCUAAAUACUGCGACGCUCAGACUGCAUACAACAAGGCCACUGCCCCUAAGGACGGCACUCCCUACAAGGUCUGCAAUUUCUUCAAUACCUACGUCUUGACCGCACACAAGGCCGAUGGAUCUGUUGUCCCUCAGGGACAGUACUGUGCUCUGUACACCGAGGCUUGGGACAAGAGCUACGCAGUCAACGGCGGGCAAUUCAGAGGAAAGGAUCAAUACCUUGUCUCGUACAGCUUCGGAUAUCCGAAGUCAAACCCCGGCAUCAGCCCUACUGUCGGCGAUUCGCAGGGUGCCGCUUAUCAAGCUGUUGCUGAUAUCAAGUGGUCUUCUCUGCAGCCUUUCUGCAGCACACUCCUUGGCUACUCAAUUCCCGUGAGUAGCGUCACUGCGGUGUCGACCACUACCACUGUUACCACUGUUCAGGGAAGAAACACAGUCACUCCUACAACGAAUCUUCCUUACAUUUACAAGAGAGCUGCCCAAACUACUCCGGCUGGGCUUUCAAAGUAUCAGCCGUCUGUUCUCUCUAGCGCCUGCAGUAUGGUGGUCACCAGCCCUACUGUUACCUCUACCACCACUGCAGCUACUUCGGUUACGACCACAGUCAGCACCGCCACCGUAGCAGCACCUCCAGUUGCAACUGCUUGUGUGCUCAACCCCAAUGACGCUUACUCUGAACAAUGCGCAGAUGGAUCAUCGUGCUCCAUGCCUGCAACUUGUUUCCUCCAGCCUGAUGUUGACAGCUGCUUCAGUGGUUAUGGCAUUGACGCAGGUAUCUACUAUUCCAUCAACCACCAGUGCGAGUUAUACUAUGAUUGCUGUGGUAAUAACGGCGGUUCGCAACACAAGCUCAAGGCCAGAGAUACAGACACAAUCUUCACCAACGAGUCCGUUCCUGUCAUCCCUGGUGCGAUCGUCAAGAUCCAACCAGGAGUUUCGGUUAAGCUUCCCAACUUGUCUUCUUAG